GACUUCCCUUUAUUCUGCCAAGACGCAGACUGUCCCCAGGACUAGGCCAUAAAAAAUGCCCUCUCCCCAGAAACAUCCCACAGGGAGAGAGCAGCAUUGGGCUCGUUGAGGAGGAGCCAUCAGUGAGUAAACUGAUUACACUCACAGGCAUUUAUUAGGCGCUUACGAAGGGCCUGGCGUUUUGCAGGCAGUUGCCGGCCAGAAAAAAGAGGGCUUGAAUUGGAGUAGGGGGAGCGCGCCAGAUCUCCGCAGUCCCUGCAGAGAGCCGAAAUUCCCCAGGACUUGUGCCCUGGUAGCGUCGGGAGACCUCAGCCUCGGAAAACCAGCCUGCCUGGGAAUCAAUCAGGUCAAGAAAUUUCACAGGUGUGGACAGGGAAUUUAGGCACCCCCUGCCCUCCAAGCUACCACCGCCAUGGUGCCCUGGGAAGAGCCAGAACGGCUGGUAUGGCGCCCAGAAGCAGUGCCCGCAGUGCCUGUGGGGUUGGAAAUAAAGAUGGGUGCCCUGGUAGUGCUGCUGGUGCUCACCUUGUUUUGCAGCCUGGUGCCCAUCUGUGUGCUUCGACGUCCCAGUGCCAACUUUGAGGCCUCAGCCUCCAGAAAGAAAAUCCUGAGCCUGGUGAGCUGCUUUGCAGGUGGUGUUUUUUUGGCCACCUGUCUUUUGGACUUGCUUCCAGACUACCUGGCUGCAAUAGAUGAGGCCUUGAGUGCCCUACGAAUCACACUUCAGUUCCCGCUACAGGAGUUCAUUCUUGCCAUGGGUUUUUUCCUGGUUCUGGUGAUGGAGCAGAUUGUGCUAGCCUACAAAGAGCAGUCGGGGCCCCUUCCAAGAGAGGAGACUCGAGCACUGCUGGGCACAGUGGGCAAUGCCCCUCCCCACUGGCAUGAUGGCCCUGGAGCUGAAGGAACUUCUACUCCUUCAGCUUUACGGGCCUGUGUCCUGGUCUUUUCACUUUCCUUACACUCAGUAUUUGAAGGCCUUGCGGUAGGCCUGCAGCGAGAGCGAGCCCGGGCAAUGGAGCUAUGUCUGGCACUGCUCUUGCACAAAGGGGUCCUAGCUGUCAGUCUGUCCCUACGGCUACUGCAGAGCCGGCUUCGGGGUGGAGUGGUGGCAAUUUGUGGGGUCCUUUUCUCCUGCAUGACACCAUUGGGUAUUGGGCUGGGGGCUGCACUAGCAGAGUCAGCAGGACCUCUGCACCAGCUGGCCCAAUCAGUGCUAGAAGGCAUGGCGGCAGGUACCUUCCUCUAUAUCACUUUCUUGGAGAUCUUGCCCCAAGAAUUGGCUGCUUCUGAGCAGAGGAUCCUCAAGGUCAUCCUACUUCUAGCUGGUUUUGCCCUGCUCACUGGUCUGCUUUUUAUUCGUGUUUGAAUGACCUCUGAGGGAUGGGGGGUGGGUCAGAUGCUCCUGGAGCUUCUUUAGAAAAGAGUAAGUGGGAGCUUUGGGAGUGCAUACGAUGGGGAUUGGGGAGGUGCAGUGGAUUGGUGGGUGUUGUAGACAGGACCCUGGAGAAUGACCAGUAGAACAUGAGACAAAGAACAAAGAUAAAGAUAAAACUCCCUGGGAAUGUGGGGGGAAGUGUAGAGGGGAGGAAAAAAAAACUAGAAAAACACUAGACAGGUCAAACAAGGACAUGUGAACAGAAGA